AACUGUUUAUCGUGGCGGGGCAUAUUCUUAACUAUAAGUUGCACAUGCUUUAGAAUCUUUUGUCCGAGUGUGUCCAAAAUAUAAAAGCGGGUGCGGUUUAAAACGUGAAAAGAUAGUCAUUCUUAAACACAGUUCGGCGUUGUUGAUAUGUUUUCGAUGGUGAGUAAUGUAUAGUUAGGUUGUUUGUGAGUAGGUGCUGUGGUCAGCUGUCAUGGCGCAGAACCAAAAGACGCCGGAAACGUGGACGAAACAGGCAUGGCCGGAACUACUUUUAGAGGAUGGAGAACAUGCCAAAGCUGUCAUAUUACAAGAAAAUCCAAAUCUGGAGGUAUACCUAGUGCCAGUGGAUUACAUCGUCACCUCGGAGGCCGACAAGGAUAGAGUGAGGAUACGGGUCGAUGAAGAUGGUAUGGUCACCAAGACGCCAGUACGUGGAUAAGCCAUGCCUGACAGAAACUUUGUUCCAAAUGUAUGUAAUUACACUGGCGGAUUCAGCGUGGGUGCAGGGACUUUCCUUCGUGACCAACUCGUGUUAUUCCGGGACAAGCCGAAUAGUGUCUCAUGCCCCUCUCAUGGCCAUGUUUGCGACCGGGUUCCGUCUUAGCGCAAACGGGCAUACCUAAAACAAUUAUCAACUCGUUGCGUAAUUGUUUACAUGUUUUUCCCCAUAUUUCAGUUGCAACUUAAAGCACAUCGGGACAUGCGGAAUUUUACAGUAUGAUUGAACACAUUUAACUGUGUCUUUGGUAUAUUUUUAGA